CAUUAUCUUCUAGCUGUGGUGAUGAUCUUCUUCCUAUUCUUUCGUCAAACAGCACAUUUACGCUUUAGGGGAGAAACUAUUGCUUGUUAGAGAAGUUGGACGUGUCAAUGUCUCAAUACUGUUAGGAGCGGACUUUUCAAAUUCUUUCUUCACACAUUCAAAUGAGUUCAAAUCGAGCUUGUGUAUUGAGAUGGGGUAAAAAUCUCUAUGAUAUUGAUGUUGCGGAUGAGACGGGAUUGGAGUUUAAAAAGCGUAUUGAAGAGUUAACGAGCGUUCCUGUGAAGAAACAGAAUAUCGUUUGUAACGCCUUAUGGAAGGGGUUUUUGGAUGACUCGUUCCAGUUUAAUGCAGUUUCUAUUCCCGCCUACUGCUCGUUCGUUCUAAUUGCUUCUUCGAACAUAUCAGUUGCUGAAAUAUCAAGUGGAGGAUUUGUGGAAAAUCUUUCUGAGAGUGAGGCCAGAUCGAAGGGUUAUCUUGCCCCCGCAGGUCUGACAAACCUAAUGAACACUUGUUACGCCAACUCUGUAGUCCAGGUUCUCCACAAUAUCCCCGAAUUGAAAGAGGGCGUGAUGUCUUACAGUCUCAACAACAAUCCUGGCGGGACUCCUGGCGCUCUUGUGCAGAAGCUGCGCGACACCUUCAGUGAUCUUGACAAAUCGACGGAGGCAGUUCGUCCGUUCGCCUUCAUCAACGAAAUUCGUCGCAGCGAAGUGUUCGGACAUCGCGAACGCGGUUUGUACCAGCAGCAAGACGCGGAAGAGUUCUGUACCUACGUGCUGAACGCGAUUUCGGCGACUCUUCCCACUCACACGUCCACUGGAACCUCCAACCUGGUGGACGAUCUGUUCCAGAUUGGCUUUCGCUGCACAUAUUUGUGUCCCGAGUCGGGCGAGUCCUACGUGACGGACGAGCACGCGGAAAAGCUGUUCUGCAACAUCCGAGGCGGCGCGAACGAGGAAGUGAAGGUGAACUUUCUGGCGCAGGGAUUGAAACUGGGUCUGGAGGGCGAGGUGGAGAAGCACUCGGACGUGCUGGGCCGCACGGCGCUGUGGAAGAAAACGAUGGAGAUCAGCAGUCUGCCGAAGUAUCUGUGCGUGAUGUUCAUGCGGUUCUACUGGAAGCAGCUGCCCGAGACGCGCGAGGGCGGCAUCGCGUGCAAGAUCAUGCGAGCGGUGGAGUUCCCGUUCCGACUGGACAUCAGCGAGUUCUGCACCCCGGAAGUGAGGCUGGCGAUGAACAUGGUGCGCGACACGCUGGAGAGCGAGCAGUACCAGGACUGCGUGAAGGACUAUGGGGACAGUCCGGACUUGAAGAACGGAAUCCUGCAAUCGCUGCUGGAAGACAGCGCGGUGCCAACGAGCUCCGAAAUGCCGGUGGGGUUCGCGGGGUUCUACGAGCUGUCCGGGAUCGUUUCGCACAUGGGAGACUCGGUGAAAGGCGGACAUUACAUUGGGUGGGUGAAGAACAAGGGGAAGUGGUUUAAGUGCGACGAUGACAAGGUGAGCGCGGUCACCAGGCAGACGAUUCGGCAGUUGAAGGGAGGAAGCGAAGCGCAGUCGGUGUAUCUCUGCUUUUAUCGUUAUGUUGAUUCGAAUUUAUAG